GCCAGCCCUUGCCUCGCGGAGGGAAGGCGGGAGGGUGCGCACCGGGGCCGCCCGCUCGCUCCCUUUGCUCGUUCGCUCGUUCCCUCCCUCCGGCCGGCGGGUUAGUAGUCAGUCAGUCAGUCCGCCUGCAGCCCGCGGGGCCAGCGAGCCGCAGAGGGCCGAGCCUCGGACGCCCGCGCCUUCUCCUGCCAUUGUUCGUCUGGCGGCUGCGGCGGCGGGCGCGAGAAGCCCGGGCCCCAGAACCACCGCAACAUCAUGACAACAGAGAAGAGUUUAGUGGCUGAGGCUGAAAAUCCACAGCACCGACCGCAGAAGGAAGAGGGUGAGGGAGCCACGAGCUCCGGUCAACAGGAAGCUCAGUUGGAAGAGGCUUCCCAAGCAGCAGCUGAGGGAGAUAAUCAGUGUGAGCAGAAGCUGAAGACAUCUAAUGGAGACACGCCGACACAUGAAGACCUGAGCAGGAACAAGGAGCGGGCAUCAGAAAACAGGGGCCUGUCACGGCUGUUCUCCUCAUUCCUCAAAAGGCCUAAAUCUCAGGUGUCUGAGGAGGAAGGCAAAGAAGUAGAGUCAGCUAAAGAGAAAGGUGAAGGAGGCCAGAAGGAGAUAGAAUUUGGAGCCAGUCUUGAUGAAGAAAUCAUUUUAAAGGCCCCAAUUGCAGCUCCUGAACCUGAGCUCAAAACAGACCCAUCCUUGGAUCUCCAUUCAUUAAGCAGUGCAGAAACACAGCCUGCUCAGGAAGAACACAGAGAAGAUCCAGAUUUUGAGACUAAGGAAGAAGGAGGACUUGAGGAGUGCUCUAAAAUAGAAGUAAAAGAAGAAAGUCCUGAAUCAAAAGCAGAGAGAGAAUUAAAAGCUUCCCAGAAAUCCAUCAGAAGGCACGGAAGCAUGCAUUGCAAGGUUUCUCUGUUGGAUGACACAGUUUACGAAUGUGUGGUGGAGAAACAUGCUAAGGGACAAGAUUUACUUAAACGAGUAUGUGAACACCUCAAUCUUUUGGAAGAAGACUACUUUGGUCUGGCCAUUUGGGAUAAUGCAACCUCAAAGACAUGGCUGGAUUCUGCCAAAGAAAUAAAAAAGCAAGUUCGUGGUGUCCCCUGGAAUUUCACAUUUAAUGUAAAGUUUUACCCACCUGACCCAGCACAGUUAACAGAAGAUAUAACAAGGUAUUACCUAUGUCUUCAGCUUCGGCAGGACAUAGUUUCAGGACGUCUGCCCUGUUCCUUUGCAACCUUAGCGUUGCUAGGUUCUUAUACUAUCCAGUCUGAGCUGGGAGACUAUGACCCAGAACUCCAUGGCGCAGAUUAUGUUAGUGAUUUUAAACUGGCCCCAAAUCAGACCAAGGAACUUGAAGAGAAGGUCAUGGAACUGCAUAAGUCAUACAGGUCCAUGACUCCAGCUCAGGCUGACCUGGAAUUUCUUGAGAAUGCCAAAAAGUUGUCUAUGUAUGGUGUUGACCUUCAUAAAGCAAAGGACUUGGAGGGCGUGGAUAUCAUCCUAGGUGUCUGCUCUAGUGGCCUUCUGGUUUACAAAGAAAAGCUGAGAAUUAACCGCUUUCCUUGGCCCAAAGUGCUGAAGAUUUCUUACAAACGUAGCAGCUUUUUCAUUAAGAUUCGGCCUGGAGAGCAAGAACAGUAUGAAAGUACCAUCGGAUUCAAACUUCCCAGUUACCGAGCAGCUAAGAAGUUAUGGAAAGUCUGUGUAGAGCAUCACACAUUUUUCAGACUGACAUCUACAGACACCAUUCCUAAAAGCAAAUUUCUCGCCCUGGGAUCCAAAUUCCGAUACAGUGGCCGAACUCAAGCUCAGACCAGGCAAGCUAGUGCUCUGAUUGACAGGCCUGCCCCACACUUUGAGCGCACGGCAAGCAAACGGGCAUCCCGAAGCCUUGAUGGAGCAGCGGCCGUUGAGUCAGCAGACCGAAGUCCUCGGCCCACCUCUGCCCCCGCCAUUGCUCCGAGUCAAGCCGCGGAAGGCGGUGCCCCAGGUGCGCCUGUCAAGAAAGCGCAGACGGAAGCAGUGCAGCUGGAAGUGAAGCCGGAAGAGGCGCCGCCGGAGGAAGCAGAGCCAGAGCCCACAGAAGCGUGGAAGGUGGAAAAAACCCACAUCGAGGUCACAGUACCCACCCCAAACGGUGACCAAACGCAGAAGCUUGCAGAAAAACCUGAAGAUCUGAUAAGAAUGAGGAAGAAAAAGAGAGAGAGACUAGAUGGUGAAAACAUUUAUAUCAGACAUAGCAAUUUAAUGUUGGAGGAUUUAGACAAAAGUCAAGAAGAGAUCAAAAAACAUCAUGCCAGCAUCAGUGAGCUGAAAAAGAACUUCAUGGAAUCCGUACCAGAACCACGGCCUAGUGAAUGGGAUAAACGCUUAUCCACUCACUCUCCCUUUCGAACACUUAACAUCAAUGGGCAGAUCCCUACAGGAGAAGGAGUGAAGAAAACCUCUGUCCUUCCCUCGGAAAGAAAGAACAUAAAUGGCAUUCGCACCGAGGAGGUGGCUGCCGUGGCCACGGGGCCAUCUACCAACCCUGACUCUGAAUGGGAGGGCCCCAAGCGUUCAGUAAUUCCUAGUAAGAGCCAAAUGACCGCUUCACCGGAGUCUCCAAAACACUUUGACUUUGGCUCCCUCUCCUUAAGCAGCAAGGAGACAGAGGAGAAGGAGCUGGAGGCAGCUGGCUCUCUUGAUAUCAAGGAAGAGCUGAGCGGCCCCGGUGGGGAGUGUAUAGCAGUGGAGGAACAGGCCAGUGCCUUACAGGCCUCAGUCUCACCAGCUUCCUCCCAGCUGCAACUUGGGGACAAAAAGGCAGAGAGUAGUGAGCAACGUGUUGCACCAGGAGAGCCACUGGGAAAGCAAAACGGAUCAUUGCUUGACUCUUGUGUGGGUAACCAAUUCCCCACCGUCAUUCGAAGUUUCCAGCCUCCCCUGGUGAAGACUCAGACUGUCACCAUCUCAGACACUGCCAAUGCUGUGAAAAGUGAAAUUCCAACCAAAGACGUCCCUAUCGUCCACACGGAGACCAAGACCAUCACAUACGAGGCUGCCCAGACGGAUGACAGCAACGGCGACUUGGACCCAGGAGUUUUGCUGACAGCUCAGACCAUCACAUCCGAGACCACCAGCAGUACCACCACAACUCAAAUUACCAAGACUGUAAAAGGUGGGAUUUCAGAGACCCGGAUUGAAAAGAGAAUUGUGAUCACAGGAGAUGCGGAUAUUGACCACGAUCAGGUCCUGGUACAGGCCAUCAAGGAGGCAAAGGAGCAGCACCCAGACAUGUCAGUGACCAAGGUGGUCGUCCAUCAGGAAACCGAAAUCUCUGAGGAGUGAGCUCAGGAAUUCUCCCACCCUCUCCCCUCAACCCCCCACCCCCUGCCCGUCUGCCAUCCCAGAGAAAAACCAGCGGAAUGAUAAAGAAGCUAACCAGCAAUAGUUAGACUUCACUUUUAAGAUGAUUGAUUCUAAACCACCAGAAAAUCAAUUUCUUUUUCUAUUUGGAGUUUAUACCAAGAAAGUCUUCUAGACAUCACUGAUCCUUUUGAAUACAUUUUUCUAUAUUGUGAUACAAGAAAUUGUGCAACUUUUCACUCUAUGGACUGUUUUUAAAGAGCUUUUUCCUUUUUUUUUUUUUUAAAUGGGGUGGUUUGGAACCCCUUCAGACCAGCCUCUCCCCACUUAGACUGACAGGGUCCAUAGCAUUCUGGAAAUCCUCCAGUGACACUGUCAGCUGUGUUGGGGGGACAGAGCCAGCUUAAUGGGGCCUCCCCGAUCCUCCCCUAGUCUAUAGUCUGUAGACGACUGCAGAAACUUCAUGAACCAGCCCUUCCUCAGAGCCAGUGAUGUCCCUUUACCAGAAUGUCAGGCAGGGCAGCUGCCCUAAGGCGCAGGCCCUAAGCGAGUGCCCCCCGUCCCUUUGCUGAGGCGGAGACUCUGCUCAGAAUGCAGCGCUGUUUCCCUUCCUCUCCCCUGCUCUUUCUCUUUGGAGCCUCUUUAGAUCAAAGACAUAAGACGUUGCUUCAGACAUAUCUGAUGCUGUGAAUGUUUGACCGUAUCCGUGGCCUUCACCUUCCCACCCUCCCUGCCCUCUUACCUCAUCAGAAGCAGUGGCUCAGCUAAGAGCUCCCCUGCCACCUCCCAUCUCAGGAGAUCAGAACUCACCGAAAAAUAGGCACUUUGGGCCAGAAGCACUGACGGCACAUUUUUACUGGUGAUGUGGACAAAGCAAGCUGAUGAGAUUUUUUUUUCAAGGUUUUCUAGUUCUGGGAACGUGCACUUGACAUGGGAGCAUGGUGGGGUUUGCCUCAGCUGGAUCUGCUCGGACGUAUUUCCAGGAGACCAUCCCUGGGCCUCUCUCUCUAAUCCUUGGGUGACAAGGAGUGUAACCCAGCAGGCAAUUGUGGUCCAUGACCUUACUCCUCACCAUCGGCACCUGCUUUCAGAUUAUCCUUUCUGGAGCAGGGGAAUGGCUUUCACGGGCCUCCCUCCCCACAAAACCCCCCUUGACAAAGGGGCACAAACACCAGCUCUGCUCAUUCCCACCUGCCAUCUGAGGUCUGUCCGGUUUUGUGACUUGAUUUUUGUGGUGGGUUUAAGGUUUCUUUUUGUUUGUUUUUGAAAAUAAGGAACUGAUGUCCCCAGUUCCACUAUUCCUGGUAAAGAUUUGGGGGGGGUGCAUUUUUGUUCAGUAGGCCUUCUCUAAUCUUCCAGCUCGCUUCCCACAGACAGAUCUCCCUACAUGGUCUUAGAAUCCUAAGUCUAGGACAGAAGGUCAGCUCCCUGAGGUGGACAGUGGGUCACACCCAGCCGUCACUGGGGGCUCCAGGGCGGGGAGCAGAGGCGGCUACAAGCCUCUGCUCCCCGCAGUGGGACCCAGCAGCACGUGCCUGGAGUGCACUGGCUGACCUUUGUCUUGACAGACGUGAUUGGUUUGAACUGAUCUCACACGUGUGCGUUUUUCUCUGAGUCCUUCCUUGAGACUGUUACUAACCCAUAGGUAGCUCUCUCUCUGGGCAGGGACAGGGAGGAGCUCAGGUAGGAUGUGUCACUGGCCGUGAGGGAAGGAGAGCGCCCUGUCUCAGGAACAGACUUACAGCCUGGGAGCAUAGGUCUGGAGCGACGGGGCUUUCCAGGCAGUGCCCAAGCCAAGGGCUUUGUGGCCCGGAGUGGUGGCGAGGUUGGAAAUCCAGCUCAUAUCAAGCAGGUGUGCCAGAUGAGCUUGCUUGCCGGUGGCCAGCUCUGCUGCUUGGAAGAGCUGCAGGAGCCCAGAGCUGACACCUGUGGAAUGGAGAUGGGCAAAGGAAGAGGCCAGGGCACGUGCGUCAGGAAUCUGAUGCCCCUAUAUCCCAUGAUACCCGCUCAGAGUGGCAGCUUUCUCAGUCCUGGACCACUCAUCGGGGGCCUGAACUUCCCCUCGGUCUGUCACCGGCUCACUUCACUUCUCCCUGCUUCCCUGACUAUAAACUGGACCAGAAGGUCUCCAAUGCCCUGCCGGCACUGCGAAGCCAUGAUAUGGACAAGCCAACAUGAGGGGUGUCCUUCCAAGCCUCUUUCACCUUCCUCCUUCUCUGGUUACCGAACUUGGGGUUUGGCAGUUGUUUGAAUUUUUUAUUUUCCUUCUUGCAAUUGUGUGCGUGCGUGAGUGAGAAGAAAAACAGACUGUCCAGGUGGAAACGGUGAAGAGGGGAGAAGAGUUCAUUUCCAGGGUCAACAACUUGGCGGCCAUUUUCCUAAAGUGACUCAGACACACCACAGUACCAACUCUUGCUGCAAUUUGAUUUUUAUUCCACUUGAGAAAUAAAGAUUUCCUCCAAGCCACGUGAGGUCUCUGUCACCCACCCACCCGCAAAGCAGGACCUGAAUUUAUCAGCGGAGGGCCCACAGAGCCUGGCUGCAGGGACCUGUCAGGGAAUCUUUGCCCGCCUCCAGCCCCCGCCGUGUGUUCCUCAGGGCAGCGAAGGGUGGCGAGGCAGCAAUCCACCUUUGGAAAUGGAGCCAGAGCUAUGGCCUGACCAACACCAAGGAAUGCUCAUGGGAAAUACCUGCCCAGUAUCUCAGUCCCCGGGCUGGCUGAUUUUACAAAUCUCAAAUGUUUUAUUUUGGUGACAAAAAUGAAGGAGCUUUGUAAAUUAAAAAAAAAAUUAUGAAUCAUAUCAAGUAGUUGUUUUCAUUUCUCGACAAAAUAGGAAGCUAUGGCAGCCGAAUCAAAUUGACAACAACUUUAGAUUAAAUAGGCGAUAUUUAGGUCUGCCAUCUUGGCCUGUUGUAGUAAGAGAAGUGGUAGUAGUGUUUAGAUACUGUUUGGUCUUGCUUCUUGUAUUGCAUUUUUCAAUAAACU